UUGAAGCAAAACAAAGCGAAAAAUGUACAAAUUCCUCACGUUAUCUUCGGUGCUGCUGAGUGUAGCGGUUGCCCAAUUUCCAACGGGACGCGUUUUGGAGCCUCCUGUGCCUUCGUUGUGUGCCCAACGCGUCAUUCACGAACGAGCUCCUGAUGGAAAAGGAUAUUUCUUCAGUUGGCGCGACCCGAAUUUGAAGGGCGUCGAAGAAGAUUGGCUCUCGGCACGAAAUUAUUGCCGCCAACGCUGUAUGGACACAGUUUCGACGGAGACAAGUCCCGAAAACGAGUGGAUUAAGCAGAAGUUGGUCGACGAAAAGGUGAAAUACAUCUGGACCAGUGGGCGUUUGUGUGACUUCAAAGGUUGCGAUCGCCCCGAUUUGUUGCCAAAUAACAUCAACGGAUGGUUCUGGACUGCCGAAUUACAAAAACUCGCCCCUACCACGGAUCGUCGUCAAGGAGAUUGGUCCGAAAAUGGCGGAAUUGGCAGACCUCAACCCGAUAAUCGUGAAUUGCAACAAGGAGGCGCUCCGGAAAAUUGUCUCGCGAUCCUCAAUAACUUCUAUAACGACGGCGUUCAUUGGCAUGAUGUUGCUUGUCAUCACAAGAAACCAUGGGUCUGUGAAGAAAAUGAUGCGCUAUUGAAGUACGUGCGUUACACAAACCCGAAUCUAAGGGUCUAAUUACGAGGCGCGAGCGAUGAAUUGAAAUAAUAGUAAUAAAAAUAAAAAACAAAAUGUCAUUAGCCAAAGUUAAGUAUUACAAAGGUGUGUCGUCUUUGCUCCAGUUUUGCCUAAAAUAGAGUUUUUGAAUAAAUUAACGCGCAUUUUUGAUGCAAUCGUGUAUCGUCG